UCACCACAUGGGUUGGUGCUCGGAAUUAGUUUUGCGUAAAAGUUGUGCGUAAAGCCUCGCUACACCGGGGUAUCCGCUCUUAAUGCGCCGAUUUAGUUUCUUUGUGAUGGAAGCUGAUUUGUUUCAGUUAGAAUCAUGUGUUGAAGCUCCUGCCUGUUGUGCUGAAAGUGCUGCGGUGUUGCAAUUGUUGUGUUUGUUUACAUCGUGCGUAAAACUGCUUGGGACUUUUUUGAUGUUUUAAUUGAUAAUAUAGAUUUUUUUUUUCAUUAUAUUAUAUUUGGCUAAAACUAUAGUCACGCCAAAUUAGUUGUGUUACAUGUGUUCAAUAUCCCUUUUUAUUAUUUGUAGAGGCUCAGUUUUUGCGCACAACGGAUUAAAGUGGAAUUCUUCUGCCAUUAGUCAUAGAUGUCCGCUCAGCUGGAAGGAGGCCUGCAGCCGGAGACAACAGCAAAACUUGAUGUACUAAAAUCUGAAGAAGUUUUUGACGUGACAAGUCCUGACGGAUGCGCGGGUCAGCGCGGCCGCCCCGGGGACGGAGGGGAGAACGAAGCGGUCCGGUUGUCUCCAGAAGGCCCGCAGCAGAAAGCGCGCAAGAUGACUCGGAGCCCCAAAUGCGCUCGCUGUCGAAACCACGGCGUCGUUUCGUGUUUGAAGGGCCACAAACGCUUCUGCCGCUGGAGGGACUGUCGCUGCGCCUGCUGCCUGCUGGUGGUGGAGAGGCAGCGCGUCAUGGCAGCGCAGGUCGCGCUCCGGCGGCAGCAGGCUGCGGAGGUGAGGAGAGCGCAAGGGCAGGGUAAGAGAGGGGUCAGAUGUGCGGCUCCGUUGCGGAGAACGGCCUAUCAGUGUUAUACCAGAGCAGCCGAGUCGAGCAUCGUGGCUAAAAGCAUCCUGCAGGGGUUAAAAUCUGCUGUUCCUCCGGAGGACGACGCCUCCUGCUGGUCGAAGCAGCACGACCAGCCGCCCUUCACCUGCCCGUCCAUCAGCGCCCGGAUGAGGAAGAGACGGGCCUUCGCGGACAAGGAGCUGGAGAACGUGAUGAUGGAGCGCGAGCUGAGACAGAGGGAGCUGCACACCGACCUGCCCUUCUCCUCCUCCUCCUCCUCAUCCGCCCUCAUCCCCCUGCUUCAGCCUCCACCCCUGCCCAUCUCCCCCGGCCUCCACUGCUGCCCUCCCGGCAAGGACCCCGCUGCUGUAGGGGCAUUGAGCUACGUGCCUGUUUAUAAAUACAAGCCUCUUUAUGAGUGCGACUUCCAGUUUUAUCAGUUCUUCCACCUGAAGAGCAGGUCACCCACAGGAGGCGGCUAUAAUGACUUUUUGUUAUGCAGAAGCUCGGAGGAAAGCAGCGAGGAGGUGCAGAAUGGAUGGAAGGAGAAGAAAAGCCAAGCAGAGUUAAUACCUCUACUAUCACAGCACAGACUCAAAACGGAUGGCAGCACCACAUCACGUGCUGAACCUGUCAAAUCCACUUCAAAAACAACAGAAAGGAAGGACUCAAAUGGCUCUUCAGCAUUGUCUGCUUCUGGAUCCGAUCAGCGUCUCCUGGGUGAACCAGACAUCAGCGCACCCAGCAGGACUUCUGAUCCCAGACCUCUGACAGCUAAGGGCUGGACUGCAGACACUCCAGCCACACAGGCGGGUCCUCAUGUCGACUCUGUCAAGAGCCCUCAUGGCAGCUCAGCCAGGACUCCCGCUGUGAGGCCAUUACCUUUCUCUGUAGAGGCUCUGCUGAGGGCCUGACAGGCAAACGGAAAGUGGAGUCGUGCACUUUGUUAUGUAUGGACUAAGAAUUUAAUCUGAGGCUAUAAAUAUUAAAAAAAAAACUGCUAUUUUGUAUAACAGGUUAUAAAACACUUUUCUUUAAAGUGGCAAAAUAUUUAAAAAACAGGUUUCAGAAAUGAAAUGUUUCUUUUUAUUUUCACGACAGUGUAUUUUACUAUAUUUGAUCUUUUAUUAAAACUAUAACACUGAAAGAUAUAUGUACUUCAACACUAUAUUUUUAUCUAUUUGCCAGCAUUGAUCAUAUUUUGUACAAUGCACACAUUUAAAAAAAGUUAUCCUUUUUUUUUUAUCCUCCUGUCAGCAGUGCCAUAAAAAUGUACUGAAGCACUCUGCUUUGACCCUCCAUCAUGUUUUAUUCUCUUUCCCUGCGCAAGAAAUAUACAAUACAGCCAUAAAACCAAGUUGAUGAAAAAGUCAA